CGUUUGGUGAACAUUGUUAGGAGCGCACGUGGACCCAAACAUAAACGCGUCAUUGGCUGUUUUGCAUUGUGCAACGUGCAUUCGUGCAUUGUGAUUUCCAAGAAGUCAUCUGCAAUUGUUCGAUGUGAAUAAAAGUUGAAAUAGUUAAAAAACACACCGUCUCAAUCGUUCGCACAUAAACAAAAUGAAGUGACACAAUUUAAGUUUUAACAAAACAACAACGAAAAAGGAAGGAAAAGUCAAGAAAAAUUAAUUUUAUUUAGUUAACUUCCAUAGCACAAUUAAAAGUGUUUUUGACAAAACAAAGCAAAAAUAAAAAGCUAAACAAACGAAGCCAGGCAUUGUUCCCUACAGAAUAAUUACAGUGAACCUCAAAGUUAAAUGUAAACAAAACCAACUCACAAACAUAUGAAGGUGCAUCUGAAUCAGUGUUAAGCAAUAGUAAGACCUCCACCAUUCACACCACUACCGGGGUGUUGGUAGCAUUAAUUACAUCCAGUUCGACCCAAAACAACAACACAUAUUAAAAAAAGAGUAUUGAUGCUUAGUGAAAUUACAAUGAAAAAUUAAAACUCGAAGUAAACCUAUGAAAAGCAAACCUAUGUGGAAAUUCGUGAUGUUAUCCAUCCAUACGUGAAGUGCUUGCUACUCUAGCAUCGUAAAGAAUUAUUUCAGUGUCUUAAUGGAAGUUUUUGCGUUUACUGCUUAAUUCUGUUCGGUAAUCAUCAUUAACAUUAUAAGUUCAUAGCUGGCGGUUGGCGCUUGGCUGGUGUUAUCAACCAACUACUAACUAUCAUCCGUUUGCUGCUGUGGCCUGUUGGGUGCCUCGAUUUUGGACUUGGCAUAACACCUUUCAUGCCGUUUGCUGCAUGUUCCAACGAACUCAUGACUAUGCGCCACCAUUGAAUGCCAGCGUAAACUAUACGAAUUACAGUAACUCUCAGCGUAAAAUUAGUAAUAACAAAAAUCUUGGCAACUACAAUAGUAGCAACAACAACAUAAUGCAUUCCCAUCAAUUAGAUGGCUACAAUGAAUCAAUGCACUCGGGCAGUAUUUCAUCGAACGAAAGGCCCAAUGGAGGCGCAUUAGCGUUGCAUUAUGCAGCGGCAAGAGGUUGUUUGGAUUGCGUGCAACUCUUAGUGGCAGCAUCAGCAGAUAUUUGCGCCAAUACGCAAAUGGACAAUGAUGUCACACCAGUUUACUUGGCUGCACAAGAGGGCCAUUUGGAGGUGCUAAAGUUUCUUGUAUUGGAAGCGGGCGGUUCACUAUAUGUGCGGGCCCGUGAUGGCAUGGCCCCCAUACAUGCCGCUUCACAAAUGGGCUGUUUGGACUGUGUCAAAUGGAUGGUACAAGACCAGGGAGUCGAUCCCAACUUACGCGAUGGCGAUGGAGCAACACCAUUACACUUUGCAGCCUCACGUGGUCAUCUUUCAGUGGUACGAUGGCUUCUUAGUCACGGUGCUAAAUUAUCACUGGACAAAUAUGGUAAAUCACCCAUAAAUGAUGCAGCAGAAAAUCAACAAGUUGAGUGUCUGAACGUGCUGGUGCAACAUGGAACAUCAGUGGACUACAAUGGACGAGAAAAGAAUGCUGCAGCAAAACAUGGCAAAUCAACAUCGUCGAGCCGUCAUGCACAGCAGCAGCAGCAACAUCAUCAUCAAAACGGUGGUAAUGGCUCUGCAAUGGGUCACAGUUCUCAUGGCAGUUGCAACAAUUCCAUGAGCAGCAAGCAGACCAGUCGCAGCAACACCAUCAAGUCGAAAACAUCUUCGACCAUGAGCUCUGACCAGGAGCCAUUCUAUCUGCAUCCGCCAUCAACGGUGGGCGCACGCAGCAAGGCAAGUGAAUCCAUUUACACUCCCCAAUCCCAGCAUUCACGCUCUUCCUCGGACAAGCUGUACAACGGGUCGUUGGUGCCCAACAAUGAUGGCCUCUAUGUUAAUCCCAUGCGCAUGAAUGGCAUCUAUACGCCUCCCUCGCCCAACGGAAGUCUCUCUGGGGAUUCAUUUUUCCUGCAUGACCCACAAGAGGUGAUUUACAAUCGGGUACGCGAUCUAUUCGAUUCCGAUUCAAGCAGUGUCAAACAUUCAAAUCCUCAAAGACAGCAUCAUCAUCAAAAGCCCAAACAGAACUCGUCCAACAACUCGACGCCCAGUUCCAAUGCACUAACCAUACAGGCAGAUGUGCAUUCCAGUUCGAGUGGAGCGGGUAGUGGCUCCGAUGAGUCCGUCUCAAUACCCUCUAGCUUGAGUUCUCCCAAGAUUCAGCCGCAUCGUAAUCACAGCUUCAAUCGUCACAACAAUCUACCACAGCAACACCCACAACAGCAGCAACAACAUCAUAAUCAACAGCACAAUAGCAGUGGUAGCAGCAACAACAACAAUAAUAACAAUCACAAGAACUACAGCCAAACACAGGUGUUGAACAACAAGGCCAACAAUAAUACGAAUAAUGCAAAUUCGAACAACAACAACAACACCAACUCCGGCGCCAAUAACCUAUUGACUCAUCAAAACAAUCACAAGAACAACAAACAAAAUGACAACAAUCCACAGAAGCAACCGCAGCAGCAACCACAUACAAAUUCCUCCCAUGAUCAUGACUAUGAGGACAUCUAUUUGGUGAGGGAGGAUGCGCGCAAGAAUCAGCACAAGUAUAUGAUUGGACGCUCCCGCUCGAGGGACAGUGGCUCACAUUCUCGUUCGGCAUCCGCUUCAUCGACACGCAGCACAGAUGUUGUUUUGCAGUAUAGCAAUCAUAAUCUCAAUAACAAACGUGACAACAACAACAUCUUAAAUCGUAACAAAUCCCAAUCGAUAAUUGGCCUGCAUGGCAAAUAUGAUGGUUCGGUGCGUUCCAAAGACGGUUAUGGCACUAAAAAUGUCAAUCUGAAGAAUCAACUGAACAGUGGCAUCAAGAGUGAUACCUACGAAAGUGUAUGUCCACCAGAGGAUGUGGUCGAGCGCACAAAACAGACGAAUAAGAAUGCCGUAAUACGAAAUAAUCUCGAGCACAACAACAAAGGAGGACACUAUGGCAGUCAUAGUAAGUUGGUAACAAACAAUAGCCACACUACACACAACAGCAAUAACAAUCACAACAGUAGCAGCAAUGGCAAUAUAAACAAUAGCAGCAAUCAGAAUUUGUACAAUAGCAACAACAGCAUAAACAGCAACAAUUCCAAUAACAACGGCAACAGCAACAAUAUAAAUAACAUAAAUGGCUCUAAUCAAAAUAAUCGUCUGCUGAAACGAGUUUCUUCCGCACCGCCAGUCCAAAAUACUGACAUAGCAAAUGGACCACCACCUCCACCUUUGCCACCACCAUUGCGUGGUGCCGGACACUAUGGCCAACAUCAGCAUCAACAGCAACAACAACCACAGCAGUUGUACAACAAAAGCAAUAUGACGUCCGAAUAUUCGAGCUCCUUGACUUCUUGUCAUCGUGGGGGUUCAACAUCCACUCUACAUCUCGAGAAUAGCGGCAUUGAUUCUGAUUCCGGCUUGGAAGUUGUCGAAGAGCCCAGUUUAAGACCAUCGGAAUUGGUGCGUGGCAAUCACAAUCGUACCAUGUCAACAAUAUCUGCCAACAAGAAAGCUAAGCUACUCAAUGGAGCCUCAAGCGUGCAACAAACCACAACAGGCAAUGGUGAAAUUAGCAAUAACAACAAUGGCGGCUAUCAACUUCUUCAGAACGGUAACGGCGGUAAUUACGGCAAAACUUCAUCUCAUUACCAACAUUUGCCACACAACGGCUCAGGCAGUGGCACGUCAGGCCCCAACAACGGCAACUCUUCCAACUAUUCCCUGCAACAACAGCAGCAGCAGCAACACUCCCAAAAUCAUCAUUACCAACAGUUGCAGCAGUCGCACAUUUACGGUUCAUCGGCCGAGGAUCAUUACGAAUUGACGCAAGCCCAAUACGGCCACACCAACGGUUCCGUGGGGUGUGGCAGCUCUUCGUCACGACCCAAUGGCCCAAAUUUGGUCAACAAACAGCUAGUUCUACCAUUUGUGCCGCCCAGUUUCCCCAACAAUUCGCUCGAUGGCAUCACGCAUCUAAUCAAACCCUCGGAAUAUCUGAAGAGUAUUAGCGAUAAGCGAUCAUGCCCAUCAUCAGCUAGGUCUACGGACUCUGAAGACUACAUGCACAUCCAGGUGUCCAAUCAACACCCUGUGACUUUUGAUCCACCUAAACCACCACCACCGCCGCCAUUGCCCAUGACACCACUGACACAGCACAACACCAUCAACAGUAGUGAUCGAAACAAUACAGUAAAGUCCAUAAGUCUAAAUACACAAAAUCCACAUCAUCAGGAUACAACCACGCGUAAGCAACACCAGCCAUUGUCAGCGAUAUCUAUUCAAGAUUUGAAUAGUGUACAGCUACGCCGCACCGACACACAAAAAGUCCCCAAACCGUAUCAAAUGCCAGCCAGAAGUCUCAGCAUGCAAUGCCUCUCCUCCACCAACGAUACCUAUUUAAAGACCGACUUAAUUGCCGAACUGAAGAUAUCCAAAGAUAUACCGGGCAUUAAGAAAAUGAAAGUGGAACAACAAAUGGCCAAUCGCUUCGAUUCGGAACAUUAUUCGGAAAUCACCAAACAAUUCACUGCUAACAAUUAUGUCGAUCAAAUUUACUUACAGAUACCCGAUAAAGAUCCAGCCGGCAAUGUUAUACCCGACUGGAAGCGACAAAUGAUGGCCAAGAAGGCAGCGGAGAAGGCCAAAAAGGAAUUUGAAGAUCGUAUGGCAAAGGAAGCCGAGAAUCGACGUCUAUCCCAGAUACCACAAUGGAAGAGAGAUUUGCUGGCGCGUCGUGAGGAAACGGAAAAUAAACUCAAGGCUGCUGUCUACACACCCAAGGUUGAGGAAAAUAAUCGUGUAGCCGAUACUUGGCGCUUAAAGAAUCGAGCCAUGUCCAUUGAUAAUAUAUCCAUGGUCUCCUGUGCCACUGAAAUCAUCUCCAGUCAUGUGAAUAAAGAAAAUGGCUUCGGGGCAAAUGGUUCCCAGCAAAAUGGCCACUCGGACAACAGAUCAGUGAAUGGAGAUAGCCCACAACAAAACACUAAUGAGUCGCAGCAUCAACAGCAGCCAACUCAACAGCAACAGCAGCAGGAUGAUGAGGACAAUGAGAACAUUAUACCGUGGCGUGCUCAAUUAAGGAAAACUAACAGUAGACUGAGUUUAAUUUAAUCUAAGCGGGCAGCAAGCAAAGCUUCUCUUCUCGAGGGGAAGAGGCAAUUUAAGCUAAGGCAAAAAUAUUUGGUUAACUAAUUUCAAUUUAAAAAAAUUUAUUAAAUUUUGUACUCGUAAACUUUAAAUAUUUUUACAAAUGCAUUUUAAUUUCUAAUUAUUAAUUUUAUAACUUUUUCAGUUUCAUUUAUUUUCUCCAGAAACAACGCAUAAUAUAUAACCAUAUGUAAUUUAUUCGUUAGUUAAAUGUGCAAGUAAAAGAGAACAUUUGAAAUAUUUUAACAACAGUUUUUUUUGUUUGUUUUUCAAAUUACCAAUUCGGGAGCAAUCGUAUAUAUUGUAUAAAUUAUUUCUUGAGUUUUCACUUCUUUUUUUUUUCUUCCUAUCUAUAAGCCCUUUUUAGGUGGAAUUGAUUUUUUCGUGCAAUAUUUUUAAUAAAUAUUCAUAAUAGUGGUGUAAAUCAUACUCGAAAUGCUUAAUGGCAAUUCUUUUUUCAUCAAUAACUCAAAAAACUGUUAAACAGGGUGCUUUUUAUGA